AUGGAAGGCAACGCAGUGCGAGACCCGGGCUUUCGUGGCCUCAACCCCAAGGUGCAAGUGGGGAACAGCGGGGUGGAGUACCCCAAGCACCACGGACCCGAGUCCCUCGGUUGGCACGCCGCCCAGGACAUACGCCGCAAGUUCGAGUACACGCUCUCCGACAUCAAAAGUUGGCCCAGGGAGCGGCGACGCAAGUUCUUCCGCAUCGCGUACCAGGUGGACGAGGAGAUCUACAGCGGGUACCACUCCGACACCGACAUGACCGAGCAGCAGAAGUACGAGUGGCAUUGCAACCACAGUUGUGAGCCGAACCUGUGGUUCGAGGACAAGGAUGUGAUCGUGGCGAUGCGGGACAUUGCCAAGGCGAAGAGCUGUUCUACGACUACGCCCUCUCCGAGUCCAACGACUUCAUCCAACUCGACUGCCUCUGCGGCUCCGCCCAGGAGAGUGACGGGGAAGGACUAUCGGCUGCCGGAGCUGCAGGCGCGAUACGGCCGCCACUUCAUGCCCUACAUCCUCGCCAAGAUCGAGCGCGAACGCGCCACGGCGUGA